UUGCGGGAGAAGAGAACAACUGUUGUUGCACAGCUGAAGCAGCUUCAAGCUGAAACUGAACCUAUUGUCAAGAUGUUUGAGGAUCCAGAGACUACAAGGCAAAUGCAGUCCACUAGGGAUGGUCGGAUGCUGUUUGACUAUUUAGCUGAGAAACAUGGUUUUAGGCAGGAGUACCUAGAUACACUCUACAGAUAUGCAAAAUUCCAGUAUGAAUGUGGAAAUUACUCAGGAGCUGCAGAAUAUCUCUACUUCUUUAGGGUUCUGGUUCCAGCAACAGACAGAAAUGCUUUGAGUUCUCUGUGGGGAAAACUGGCAUCUGAAAUUCUGAUGCAGAAUUGGGAUGCAGCCAUGGAAGAUCUCACAAGACUGAAGGAGACUAUAGAUAAUAAUUCUGUCAGCUCUCCUCUGCAAUCUCUUCAGCAAAGAACAUGGCUCAUCCACUGGUCUUUGUUCGUGUUUUUUAAUCAUCCUAAAGGAAGAGACAAUAUCAUUGACCUUUUUCUCUAUCAACCACAAUAUCUCAAUGCAAUUCAGACAAUGUGCCCACAUAUCCUCAGAUAUCUGACUACUGCAGUCAUAACAAAUAAGGAUGUUAGAAAACGUAGACAAGUGCUGAAAGAUCUAGUCAAGGUUAUUCAGCAGGAGUCCUACACAUACAGGGAUCCUAUCACAGAGUUUGUGGAAUGCUUGUAUGUUAAUUUUGAUUUUGAUGGUGCACAGAAGAAGCUGAGAGAAUGUGAAACAGUGCUUGUGAAUGAUUUCUUCUUAGUGGCAUGCCUGGAGGACUUCAUUGAGAAUGCCCGUCUCUUUAUAUUUGAGACUUUUUGUCGCAUCCAUCAAUGUAUCAGCAUUGGUAUGUUGGCAGAUAAACUAAAUAUGACUCCUGAAGAAGCGGAAAGAUGGAUUGUCAAUCUAAUUCGAAAUGCACGAUUAGAUGCCAAAUUGGAUUCAAAGCUGGGCCAUGUAGUCAUGGGCAACAACGCAGUCUCACCUUAUCAACAAGUGAUUGAAAAGACAAAAAGCCUGUCUUUUCGUAGUCAGAUGUUGGCUAUGAACAUUGAAAAGAAAUUGAAUCAGAGUGGAAGAUCUGAGGCACCUAACUGGGCUACUCAAGACUCUGGCUUCUAUUGAAAUACUUCUGCAGAGGGGGGGAAAAUCAGUUUUCAUUUGACUAAAAAGCACAUAAAUAUGUAACUUUUUUGAGAAAAGGUAAUUAUGUGUUCAAUCCAACAUUAUUUGAAUAAAAUUGGCUAAUUUUAA